AUGGGUUGUUAUAAGGUGCUGGUCACAGGCGCAACCGGCUUUAUCGGAGGGUCAGUGUUGACCCAGUUUCUGGCAUCCGAGCAUCCAAUACUAAAGAGUUCGACGGUUGCAGCUCUUGUCCGGAAGCAAGGACAAGCAGAUAUAUUGGAGAGCCGUGGCGUUCAGUCAAUCGUAUUCCGAGGAUUGGAUGACACUAAACAGCUGAGACAUAUUGCCUCGCAGUUUGACAUCGUUGUGCACUGUGCUACAGGCUUGCACACAAAGUCUGCUGUAGCAUUAAUCUUAGGACUAGGCGACUCAAUGAAGGAAAGUGGAGGACAGGCACAUUACAUCCACACAACUGAAACAUCUAAUCUGGCAUAUGGGAUGGUCUCGCAUCCGGAUGCCAUCAUCCACGAAUUCUGCGACACAGAGGACGUGUAUACAGAAGAGGUUCGGCGAGAUGCCGAGGAGCAUUAUGAUCAACGAGCAACCGAUGUGGCUGUCAUUCAAACAGCGGAGGCAACUGGUGUCAAAGCUUAUUUGAUGAUGCCUCCGACAGUUUUCGGUACAGGACUGGGUUUCUUCAAAAGCCAGUCAAUACAACUCCCUUUCACUAUUCACCAUGCCAUUGAUCAGGGACAUCCAGAAUAUAUCGGAGAUGGUUCUGGUACAGUUGGGUACGUCCACAUCAGUGAUCUUGUGUCACUGUAUGAGCUCAUCCUCUGUAAAAUACUAGAUGGCAUCGAUGACAUUCCUUCAGGUAGGCAGGGCAUUUACUUUAGUAAUACAGGAGACUUCACGUGGAAAGAACUUAAUGAGAGAAUUGGUGAGAUUGGGCUGAGCCUAGGUGCUCUGGGUUCCAAAAUCCCACGCUCGAUCUCCCUGGCUGAUGCCUGGCAUAAGUGGGGAUUUGACGGCAACAUCCUUCUAUUAGAAACAAAUCAUGCCGGAAAAUCACGAACGCUCCCAAGGCUUGCUUUCAAUAUUGGUUGGGUUCCAAUGAAAACGGCGGAGGACUGGGAUGCCGCAAUCGAAGAGACGUUCAAGGCUGUUAUGAUAGAACGUGCAAGUCAUAGAUAG